AUGCCAGCAACUACGCCACGUAUUGGAGUCCAAGCAGAAACUGCUAUUCUCUAUCAUCUCCUGUCAAAAGACAAAGACAAAUCCCUUGACCACUUCAAGGCCUCCAUCGACUGGAAUUACCAAGACGAAAAGGGUGUAGUUUUGACAGAGCAAAAAGUAAGGAGCAGGUUUAACUAUCUCAGGAAACUGGCACAAGAAAGUCCGUCACAGUUUAUCGAUAUCUGUGUUGGGAAGGUUGACAGCAAGCUGCAAGAGGAAUACUUAAAAAGGACUAGUUCUUCUUGCACUGACAACAACGAAAAAGAGAUUCUUAGCGACAGUGACGAAGGAAUCUUCAGCGAGGACGACGAAGAAGGAAUCUUCAGCGAGGACGACCACGACAAAGCAGCUUCGACCACCACCACUCCUCCAACAACACCAUCAAAAAAGAGAGUCUUCGACACUAUGACAGGAACUCCCCUAAAAAAAGUGAAGCUUGAGCAUCAUGAUAUCGUGCUUGAGCUUGGCCUUCCCCAUGAUACACAAGUGAUUUCGUACACACCUGGCCCUUCGGGAUCAUCACCAACUAUUAAACUUGAAAAUUUGACGAUCCUCCCAGCAAACCAAAUGCUUCCUGGAAAGAAAAACAAGCUUGGUGGGGAGACUCUCCAUUCUGGGCCGUCCCUUUUGGAAUUUUCCACGAUACCGCAAGGUUCGAGUCAUAGCUUCCAUAGAGGGCCAAUGAGAAAGAACAAGUGCAUUGUCAUUGAUUUUGGGAGUAUCCCAUUAUCUGCAAACGUCCUCCAUGAAGAUGAUGAAAAUUCUGAGGAUGAAAAUACGGUUGGAGAAGAACUGAGAAUGACUAUGAUCCCAUACGAUAAUGAUACUUCAGAGAUCAAGAACAGUAAAAAUUUGAAAACUCCAGUUGAGCACUGGGUAUUCUUUGACUGUGCUCGCACUGAUAUUGAUCCCACAGUUAGUGGACCAAUCAAUGUGCCAAAGGAAAAACCAAAGAUGUCCAAAGCAGCACAACUAUUGAAUGCACUUGGCCACAAACAAUCUCCCGCAAGAACCCCAGCGGCUCCUUCGUCAGCACCUCCUCAGCCCCCAGCUGCUGCACCAUCCACCCCACCACCUCCUCCUGUUCGUCCUGCACCUCCCCCUUCUGACAAUGCUCAUGAGAAAGGGGGUGACGGUGACACUGCUAUGGGGUCGGAACGAAGUCAUUUGAAGAGGAAGGCAGAUGAUCCACUACAGCCCCCCCCUUCUGCUGCCGCACCAGGACCACUCACCACAGCACUUCCUAAUACUCCUCCUGCAACACCUCCUGCUGCUUCAAGUCCCAGCUCGCCCAACAACUCAGUAGGCUCAGUCAGUCUUCCAAGUUCAUUCACUGAUACUUCGUCUGAAGCAUCUCAAAGUGGCACCACUGAACAGGAAUCAUUAGAGGAAGUCAUGAAAAAGUGGGACGCUGCUGCAAAAAACUUUGGAAAAGAGGCUCAUGAGGAAUCAAAGCAGUCUUUAAAUCGCUCAUCUGACAACAAUGCUCAUGAGAAAGGAGGCGAAGGUGACACUGCCAUGGGGUCGGAACGUAGUCAUUUGAAGAGAAAGGCAGGCCCAGAUGACGAUGGAACCACAAAACCAUUCAGAGCUCGUAAUCUUUUCAACACUUUGCGCAUGGGACUCAAUGGUGGAAAAUAA